UGUUUGGACCCCUGAUAUUAAGUCCUGUGGGAUCAUAGUGUUCUCACUAAUGAAUUAGGCUGCUAACUAGUGAGGGUUUAAUGAGCCUGUUGGGAACCUUCAAUCCCUCAAGAGUCCUAAUGCAUGUGUAUCUCUGGUGGAAUCUCACCAGCUCCUUGUGGUAUCUUCUCCUUCACCAACAUGGAGCUGAUGUGCUGUUGGGUUGAUAUAUAUGUGGUAACGAUGGUGAUGAGGGUAUGAGGUCACUGACACGUCACCGAGAGAAGCUUCAUAAAUGCGGAGAAAUUCUGAAGCGCUCUGAACGCUCGAUUGUCCAGUUAUCAGGCGACUCAUGGCCGCUCAAGGGAUGCCCAUGAGCACCUCUCAGCGUAUGGCGUCGUCUCCGCUCUACCUCGCCUUUUACCUCUUUCUGGUGAUGCUGGGAAACGUGGGGAACACCACGGUCAUCGCGGUGGUCGGGGAAAGCCUUCUGCGGGAGACAGGAGCCGUCCGAAGUUCUGACGUGAUUCUGGUCAACAUGGCUUUCUCCAACCUGAUGGUGUCGUUGACGAGAAACUCUCUUCUGGUGAUCUCCGACAUGGGAAUGGAGGUGUUCCUCAAUAGAAACUGGUGUCGCUUUAUGAUGGGCAUCUGGGUUUGGCUGCGCUCUGCCAACGUUUGGUCGACGUUUUUCCUCAGCGCGUUUCAUUUUCAAACGUUGCGCCGAGUCGCCCCGCCCAUUACGAAUGUGCACGGCCACCCCGGACCCCCGAAAUCCCUCGUAUUCGGGUUGUGCCUCAUCUGGAGUCUCAAUCUGAUGUACUCCAUCCCAGCGUUCAUGUUCUCCAAGAACGGAGACGAGAACUCCACUGAGUCGCUGAUGUUGGUGAGCAGCACCACUCGGCCGCUGCUUGGCUGCAUCUGGAGCUUCCCAUCGGUCUACAGCGGCCUGGCCUUCGCCACCUCCUCCAUGGUGAUCCACGAAAUGAUUCCCAUCUUCUUGAUGAGUGCCACAAACUUGGGCUCCCUGUUGACGCUCUACGCUCACGGACAAACGCGAAGAGCCGCCAACAAGAGUCAGGACGCGCCGGUCAUCACCCGGAUCCCUGCCGAGCGACGGGCUGCUAAGGUGAUUCUGGCUCUGAAUAUCCUCUUUAUCUCAUCUUGGGGCGCCAGCGUCAUCUCCGUCAACUAUUUCAACUACAGCCGUGGAUCUUCCAGCUCUUCCACAGAGUUCCUGCUCAUCGUCGCUCGCAUCGCGAACAUCACCUUCAUCGCGCUGUCGCCCAUCGUCCUCGCCGUGGGGCACAGGAGACUCCGAGCGUUUCUUAAGUCAAUUCUGUCGCGUAUAAUCUGA